ACAACAUAGACUGUGGGUUUACAACGAGGAAAGCGGAGACACGAUUACAAUGAAUUUGUAAAUAAAAUCAAACAAAUCUUGUAGAGACAUGAGACUCGCUUUAUACGCGUUUUGCGGCUUUGCUUUUGGGCUUUUGCUCGUGGGUUUGCGGGAAUUAUUGUUUGGUUUCGGGGAGAACCGAUGCAGCAUGACAUACAUGUUCGAGUACCCAGAAUACCGACGUGUGCAGCUUCCGAAGCGUGUUGCACACCAGUACCCAUCAUACGGGCUGUAUCUGUAUGGAGAGGGUGCAUAUGCUCAGGAGACCAGAGGACUCAAGCUUACUGGCGCUCCUGUGCUCUUCUUGCCUGGGAAUGCGGGCAGCUACAAGCAAGCUCGUUCUCUGGGUUCAGUGGCAUUGAGGAAGGCUGAGAACCUGGACAGGCGAAUCCAUAUGAACGUGUUCACCAUCGACUUCAACGAGGAGUUGGUGGCCCUGUAUGGGGGCAGUUUGGGCAGACAGACUCAAUUUCUACAUGAAAGCAUCAAAGCCAUCUUGCGCUUUUACAAGGACCGUCCAGACCCUCCCACAGGUGUGGUUCUGGUGGGUCAUUCCAUGGGUGGAGUGGUGGCAAGAGCGUUAUUCACCCUGGCACGUUUCAACCCACGCCUGGUCAGCCUCAUCAUCACCCAGGCCUCACCCCACCAGGCACCUGUCCUGUCUCUGGAUCCUUAUAUACUGGAGUUUUACUCUACAGUCAGGCAUCGCUGGGCCACAAAUGCUGAAGACCUUCGAAAUGUAACAGUUCUCUCUGUGGGUGGUGGUUACCUUGACUUCCAGGUGCGCUCUGGUUUGACAGCACUGUCCUGCCCCAUUGAUGACCUCAAUAAGAUGUCAGUAGUGGCGACUGCAGUUCCCCGAACCUGGGUUUCCACAGAUCACAUUUCCAUCGUUUGGUGCAAGGAGCUGGUUCUGGCCACAGUCCGGGCGUUCUUCGACCUUAUUGAACCUGAAACAGGGCAGUUCACAGAGAGUCCUGAGAAGAGAAUGUCAGUGCUGAACUAUCACUUCUUUAGACAUCCAGUGCUGCAGCCUGGAAGAGCACAGGAUGCCCCUGUCACUUUCUCCGCUCCUGAGGCAUGGAAGGAGGUCAACACACUCCGUCUGUUCUACAGUGCCCCCAAGGAAGCUCAAGUCAUGUACUUCCUGUUUGCCCUCUCCAGUCGAAGGAAAGCCUACAGUCAUUUCCACUGCCGCAGUAAUAAUAUGGAAAUGACCAGCUGGCUGUAUGGCUGUACACAGAUGAGUGGCUCGAUUUGUGUUCAGGCAGUAGAUCUCUCAUCUCAGACAGAGCUUCUUCCAGCCUAUAAGGCUGUUACAGUGAAAAUCAGUGAACUUUUGUCUGUCUCUCAUCUCAUCAUUGACGCCUCAAACCCCAGUGGAACAGAGUUUGUAGUCGAGUGUGAGCUGCAGAGAGAGGAGAGUUUGACUGUCUCAGUGCAGGUGCCUCAUGUGCUGUCCUUUGGUCUGACUGUUAGUGACAUCAGCAUUAACUCCUCUGGGCUGCUUCAUACACUACAGCUGCAAGACUUUCAUCAGCUCUAUCAAGCUUUCAGAAUAACAAUCACUAGUCACUGCAAAACCACUAAAGACAGACUGCCCAGUGUGUACAGACUGAGGGUACCUUGGUUUCGUGAAGACUCCUUUGAUACGGCAAGUAUUCCUUCGGUAUCUGACAUCUACAGCAUGCUUCACACCAGCCGCCCAGACAACGCCUCCAGUGCCCUCCUGCAGCUCCACACUGCCCCCAACUGCCAAUACAAGGUGUCCAUUCGGACUUCGUUCCCCAAAGUGCUUGGGCAGAUUCUGCGUUUCUGUGGUCCAGUUCUGCCUGUCUACUCAGCUGUAGUGCUUCUUCUGAUGAUCAGGGCUCAGCUGAGCUCCAUCAAAAGAUCUGGGCAUCCUGCUGGAAUCCAAGAGGGCAUGAGUAAAUCGUUACAGCUCCACAAACUGGAACUGCCCAUCCUCCUGCUGCUGCUGCUGCUCAGGCAGAGCUGGUUUCAGGAUUUCUGGUCCUCUCUGGGACUCCCUGCGGUGGAUUCUCUUCCUCUAAACUCUGUGGAGGAUAAAUCCCAGGAUCCAAAGGCCUCUGUGCAGGAAUGGCCCCGUAUAGUGUCCCCACUGCUCUGUGUGCUAGGCUCAUCCAUUGCAUUCUGGGGUAGCACAGUCCUCAGAGUGUUUGUCUGCUUCCUGUCCUUUUUUCUUGCUCCACUGCACAGACCUUCAGUGUCCCGGGAUUGUGGCACGCUUCGUCUUCAUUCUCAGAUUCUCCUGAUUAUCUUUUUAAACGUGCUGGGAGGCGUCACAUGUGGAGCACUGGCUCUUAUGGUCUCCUCUCUUCUCCACCUCUACAGGGUGCUUAGAUUACAGAUGACAGAGAGGUCACUGAGCCACAUGUUGAACCUGGCGCCCCAGAAAGUUUCACAAAAAUCAGAAAAUGGUUUCCGUGCCAGUGAUGGUCACAGUAAGGUUAAAGAAUGUAACGGCAGCCCUCUACUGACAGAAUCAGUGCUACAAGACGUCAGAGAUGAUCUGCAGCUCCACUUUAGUCUUUCCACACUGCUUACUCUUACCAUGAUGCUUAGCGUCCCUUCCCUUAUCCACUGGAGACACAAUCUCAGAUAUUGGGUUCAUCUGGAUCCUGACCCCUGCUGGCCUCACGUUGUACCCCUGCUCAUCAGCUCUGUUCUGCUCAUCAACUGUAACACAGAUACACUCCUGCGCAGGUUUAGAAUAUGAAGGGAUAUUAACCUGAAAGCCGCAGUCGAACCAUAAUCGACCUUUAGCGAAAAAAAUCUGAUUAGAGGGAACAAAAGCUUACAAGCCUGCACAUUCCACAGUCAUAUUCUGUGUGACACACACAAUUUUUUGAGUAGGGUUUCAGAUUGGGCUUCAAGUUUAGCUGUGACUGUUUUGACUUUUUUAUAGAAUGCAGCUCACUGCCUCAUGAACCUAAAUGCUGUUGUGCUUUAAUAUAUUUGCAGUGACUCACUCAUUACAGUGACUCGUCUGUUAUAUCUAUAUUGUAAGGAGUUGAUAUCACUUGUCUCAUUUGAAAGCGGAGUUAAUAUUUUAAAAUGAAAACAUUAAUCAGCAGUUGUAAAUUGCUCACAAUAAACCUUUUAAAGUAUAAUCUUCGAAAAUGUUUACUAAGAGAUAUAGUUCAAGUUGAUACAAGUGUGAUUAUAGUGCUGUUUUGCUUGGUUUGUGGUGCUUUUGUAAUUCACUCAUGUGCAGUGACUGAAACUGUAAGAGUGUAAAUGAUUCAUGUCAAUGCUUCUUUUAUACUGAUAUGUGAUGAAGCACUGUCUAUCAGCACAUGUAUGCUAAAAUAUUAGCACUUCUAUUGGCAGUCGGACUGAUUUAUCAUCAUUGGCUUGCACCUGUUUGGCCAAACAGCAGCGUCACUGUGAUUGGUUGUGAU